AUGGCAUACUCUGAUUUCGUCAGGUGCGCCAAGUCCAACGAGGUGGAGCUGGUGGCGGUGGAUGGACUUAAAGUCUUUUUCACACUGCGCCCCUCCAGCCCCCUGCUGCAACAGCGCCGAAUGGCACAGCAAUACAACAACCAACCUAACUACCCGCCCCAGUCCCAGCAACAAAUGCAGCAGCAGCAGGAGGUACAGCGGACAGGAGCAGCAGCGGCAGCUGUCGCCGCCGGGACGGCGGCAGCAACGGCGGCGCCCAGCCCUGCCGCUGCCGGCGCAGCCGCGGCAGCGGCGGCGGCCGCCGCCGCCCAAACCCCCGCCUACUUCUACACCGUUCGCCCUGCUGAUUACGCCAUGCCGUACGAUUAUUUGGAGGGCAAUGCGGUGCCGGUCUCCGCUAUUGAGCACCGAGAGAACCGGCUCUUGACUCUGUUGGGCUACGUGCUGCUGGUGGCGGUGGUGCUGUCCACACUCAGCCGGCUGCCCUCCAGGCAGGAGGUGGGCAGGAGCCCCGGCCGCAAGCACCGACCGGCCUCGUCACCGCCGUCGUUUUCGCCGACCGGCGGGGGCGGCGGCGGCGACGGCGGGCCUGUGAGUACCACGUUUGCUGACGUGGCGGGCGUGGAUGAAGCAAAGGAGGAGUUGCAGGAGAUAGUGGAGUACCUGAGGUCCCCGGAGCGCUUCUCCCGACUGGGAGCCCGACCGCCUGCCGGGGUGCUGCUGGUGGGUCCCCCCGGCACGGGUAAGACCCUGCUAGCCAAGGCGGUGGCGGGGGAGGCGGGAGUGCCGUUCUUCUCCAUCUCCGCGUCCGAGUUCGUGGAGCUGUACGUGGGGAUGGGCGCCAUGAGGGUGCGGGAGCUGUUUGCAGCCGCUCGCCGUGAGGCCCCUGCCAUUGUGUUCAUUGACGAGAUUGAUGCCGUGGCCAAGGGGCGGGACAUGAGGUUGAGAUCUGGCGUUGAGAAGGCGGUGGUAGCUCGCCAUGAGGUAGGACACGCCCUGGUCGGGGCGGCGGUGGCCAAAUUGCUCGAUGGUUUCGGAGAGCCCGCCCGUCUGUCCAUCGUACCCAGGACGGGGGGAGCGCUGGGCUUCACGUACACGCCUCCAAAGUCUGAGGACCGCGCCCUGAUGUUCGAUUGCGAGAUCCGAGCCCAGCUGGCAGUGCUGAUGGGGGGGAGGGCGGCGGAGCACCUCUCGUGUCCCGCGGUGUCCACCGGAGCUGCAGACGACAUCCGCCGCGCUACUGACUUGGCCACACGUGCCGUAUCCGAGUACGGCAUGAGCCGCCUGCUGGGCCCUGUGAACGUUGCCGUAUUGGCCUCGGGCGGAGCGGACGGCGGCGAGGGCUUGGCUUUUCUCCGGGAGGGUGGUGGCGAUGUGGGUCGGUUGGUGGAGAGGGAGGUACGGGAGCUUGUGGAGGGAGCGUUGACGGUUGCGAUGGCGGUGGUGGCGGGGAAUGUUGCCGUACACAGCGGCCUUAGUGAGGAUUUGCAGCGCGAGGAGAGGGUGGAGGGGGAGGUGUUGGCGGGGUGGCUGCGGGGUGUCCGCGUGCCGGAAUGUCUAGGAGAGUUUGUGUUGAAUGGUCGGUUGCCCGAUAGGGAGGCGCUGGGGCUGGGGCCGGGAGUGGGUGUGGGCUCGGGGGGAGGGAUGGGGUUGAGGGUGGAGGGGGGCUUGUCGGUGUGA